AUGCAGGCGUGCACGCAAUCCGCCGCGUUCGCGCACACGCGCGUCGCGACCACCGCGAAGGCGUCCAAGGCGACGCGCCGCGUCUCCACCAUCGUCCACGCGUCCGCCACCGAGGGCGCGAACGCGACGAGGCGCCAGGCCGUCCUCUCCACCGCCGCGCUCUCCGCGUCGCUUCUGACGAACGCGAAGCCCGCGCACGCGCUGUCGGGAUUCUCCGUCGUGAAGGACACCAGGGACGGGUACCAGUUCUACUACCCGGUCGGGUGGCAGGAGAUCUCCGUCGACGGCCAAGACGCGGUGUAUAAGGACGUCAUCGAGCCCCUCGAGUCCGUCGCGCUGAACAUCUACCCGACGCAGCGCGAGUCGCUCACGGACAUCGGGUCCCCGGACGAGGUCGCGAAUACCUUGGUCGGCAAGGCGCUCGCGGUUCCGGGCGCGCAGGCGAAGGUUCUCAAGACCGCGCAGAGGAAGGACAAGGACGGUCACCUGUACUACUUCCUGGAGUACGUCACGAAGAGCAACCAGUACGAGAGGCACGCGCUGACGAUCGUGACGAUCACGCAAGGGAAGUUUUACACGCUCACGACCGGCUCGAGCGAGCGAAGAUGGCCGAAGAUGAAGGACCGUCUUCAGACCGUGAUCGACUCGUUCAACGUGUACUACUAA